AUGGAGAUAUUUUUAAUGUGCUUUUAAAAUAGAUAUUAUUUGGUUGAAAUAGCUAAGAAUAUUAGCACAAAUAAGCUGGAAUAUCCAAUUAAUUUUAUUCUUAUGAGACCAUUUAAUUUAUUUUAAUACUUUAUUUUCGAUUUAACGAAAGAAAAUAUCAUUUUCCUAAUAAAAUAAAUCGAAUCUGGUAAAUUAUAAAGCACAAAAAUAAUUAAUUGA